AUGAGUACUGUUCCAAAGCUGAUCGAGGAGCUCCGUGAGGGCCCGCCUAAAGGAUCACCCUUUAGCGUGGCCAUGAGGGGUUCUCAGGUUCCUGGUAGAUCCUCGAUCUACAGAAACUGGAAGUUCCAAGAUGCCCUACUCACCACCCUGGAUCCAAAGAUUACAACCAUACACGACAUGUUCCAAGAAAGCGGUCAGUGA